CUUCAAACCAAAAAUGUGGUGGCAGAAAGAAAACAGUGUCUUUCAGCAGCAUGCCAUCGGAGAAGAAGAUUAGCAGUGCCCACGACUGCAUUAGCUUCAUGCAGGCUGGCUGCGAGCUGAAGAAAGUGCGACCAAACUCUCGAAUCUACAACCGAUUUUUCACCCUAGACACUGAUCUCCAGGCUCUACGCUGGGAACCUUCCAAGAAGGACCUUGAAAAAGCCAAGCUGGACAUUUCUGCCAUCAAAGAGAUCAGGCUGGGGAAGAACACAGAGACAUUCAGAAACAAUGGCCUUGCUGACCAGAUCUGUGAAGACUGUGCCUUCUCCAUACUCCAUGGGGAAAAUUAUGAGUCUCUGGACCUAGUUGCCAAUUCAGCAGAUGUAGCAAACAUCUGGGUGUCGGGGUUACGGUACCUGGUAUCUCGUAGUAAGCAACCGCUUGAUUUUAUGGAGGGUAACCAGAACACGCCACGGUUCAUGUGGCUGAAAACGGUGUUUGAAGCAGCAGACGUCGAUGGGAAUGGGAUUAUGUUAGAAGACACUUCAGUGGAGUUAAUAAAACAACUCAACCCUACUCUGAAGGAAUCGAAGAUCAGGUUAAAGUUUAAAGAAAUCCAGAAGAGCAAAGAAAAACUAACUACCCGGGUAACAGAAGAGGAAUUUUGUGAAGCGUUUUGUGAACUUUGCACUAGGCCAGAAGUGUAUUUCUUACUUGUUCAGAUAUCUAAGAACAAAGAGUAUCUGGAUGCCAAUGACCUCAUGCUCUUUUUAGAAGCUGAGCAAGGGGUCACCCACAUCACUGAGGAUAUGUGCUUAGACAUCAUUAGGAGAUAUGAGCUUUCUGAAGAUGGCCGCCAGAAAGGCUUCCUUGCAAUUGAUGGUUUUACCCAGUAUUUAUUAUCUCCAGAAUGUGACAUUUUUGAUCCAGAGCAAAAGAAGGUCGCCCAAGAUAUGACCCAACCCUUAUCUCACUAUUAUAUCAAUGCGUCUCAUAAUACCUACCUGAUAGAAGAUCAGUUUAGGGGACCAGCUGAUAUCAAUGGGUACGUGAGGGCUUUGAAGAUGGGUUGUAGAAGCAUUGAGCUCGAUGUGAGUGAUGGUCCAGAUAAUGAGCCCAUCCUUUGUAAUAGGAACAACAUGGCUAUGCACCUUUCCUUUCCAAGUGUUCUGGAGGUGAUAAAUAAGUUUGCCUUUGUCGCUUCAGAAUACCCACUCAUUCUCUGCUUGGGAAAUCACUGUUCUCUGCCACAGCAGAAAGUCAUGGUUCAGCAGAUGAAAAAGGUGUUUGGCAAUAAACUUUAUACAGAAGCACCUUUGUCUUCAGAAUCCUACCUCCCAUCACCCGAAAAACUAAAAAAUAUGAUUAUUGUGAAAGGAAAGAAAUUGCCUUCAGAGUCAGAUCUGUUAGAAGGAGAAGUGACCGACGAGGAUGAAGAAGCCGAGAUGUCUCGGAGGAUGUCAGGGGAUUACAACGGUGAGCAGAAACAUAUCUGGCUCUGCCGAGAGCUCUCCGACUUGGUAUCUAUCUGUAAAUCUGUUCAGUACAGGGAUUUUGAACUGUCUAUGAAAACCCAAAACUACUGGGAAAUUUGUUCAUUUAGUGAAACAGAGGCCAGUCGUAUCGCAAAUGAAUAUCCAGAGGAUUUCGUGAAUUAUAACAAGAAGUUCUUAUCAAGGGUCUACCCUAGUGCCAUGCGGAUAGAUUCCAGUAAUUUGAACCCACAGGACUUCUGGAAUUGUGGCUGUCAGAUUGUGGCAAUGAAUUUUCAAACUCCUGGUCCAAUGAUGGACCUCCACACUGGCUGGUUUCUUCAAAAUGGAGGAUGUGGCUAUGUCCUCAGACCGUCUAUCAUGCGAGAUGAAGUUUCAUACUUCAGUGCAAAUACAAAGGGCAUUGUCCCUGGAGUGUCUCCCCUGGUUCUUCACAUCAAGAUCAUCAGUGGUCAGAACUUCCCAAAGCCCAAAGGAGCUUGUGCCAAAGGGGACGUCAUAGACCCCUAUGUUUGUGUAGAGAUUCAUGGGAUACCAGCUGACUGCUCCGAGCAAAGGACUAAAACUGUACAACAGAACAGUGAUAAUCCCAUUUUUGAUGAGACUUUCGAGUUUCAAGUCAACCUUCCCGAGCUGACUCUGGUCCGUUUUGUCAUUUUGGAUGAUGAUUACAUUGGGGAUGAGUUCAUUGGGCAGUAUACGAUACCAUUUGAGUGUCUGCAGCCUGGGUACCGGCACGUCCCCUUGCGCUCCUUUGUGGGGGAUAUCAUGGAGCAUGUGACCCUUUUUGUCCACAUAGCAAUAACCAAUCGGAGUGGAGGAGGAAAACCACAGAAACGAAGCCUUUCUGUGAGAAUGGGGAAGAAAGUUCGAGAAUACACCAUGCUCAGGAAUAUUGGUCUUAAAACCAUAGAUGAUAUCUUCAAAAUAGCAGUUCAUCCCUUACGAGAAGCCAUAGAUAUGAGAGAAAACAUGCAGAACGCCAUAGUGUCUAUUAAGGAGCUGUGUGGACUUCCGCCGAUUGCCAGUCUGAAACAGUGCCUGUUAACCCUGUCCUCUCGUCUCAUCACCAGUGACAGUACUCCCUCCGUGUCUCUGGUGAUGAAGGACUGCUUUCCUUACCUGGAGCCUCUGGGUGCUAUUCCAGAUGUGCAGAAGAGGAUGCUGGCUGCAUAUGACCUGAUGAUUCAAGAGAGCCGGGUCCUCAUAGAAAUGGCUGACACAGUCCAGGAAAAGAUUGUACAGUGUCAGAAAGCAGGGAUGGAGUUCCAUGAGGAACUUCAUAAUCUGGGGACAAAGGAAGGCUUGAAGGGAAGAAAACUCAACAAGGCCAUCGAGAGCUUCGCUUGGAAUAUUACUGUAUUGAAGGUACACGAGUCCCUCACUGUUCCUUCGGUUGUUUCUCUGCUCUUCUCUCUACAGUAG